GCGUAGAAACGUGAGUCAUCGUUGAGAGAAGAAGAAGAAGAAGAAGAAGAGAUGGUGGACCUUGUCGCGAAUCUAAAUAAAUACGGGCAUGCUCGCUCACGACGACGAAGACGAAGACGAAGACGAAGACGAAGACGAAGACGAAGACGAAGACGAAGACGAAGACGAAGACGAAGACGAAGACGAAGACGAAGACGAAGACGAAGACGAAGACGAAGACGAAGACGAAGACGAAGACGAAGACGAAGAUGAAGAUGAAGAAGGAGAAUACGAAAACGAUCCGAAGGAAAAGAGGAAAGAGAAGUGCGCAAGGGUGCGCCAAGCUUACGAGACAUCGCUUAGAAAUGCCGUGGCAGACGGAUAAUGGAUGUUCGAGCGUCUUUCUAGGCAGAGGAAGUAGGUAACGUUCGCGCUAUGGUUCCGGCGAAUGAUGCAGCCGUUGGUUGGAAAUAGAGGGGUUGGAUCUACAAGGACGUGGUUAGAGAAGCCACAUAGAUUGAUGCCUUUGUACUCCAUGGAUUAAUAAUUAAUUAUAGCUGGUAAGCUAACCAAGCCUAAUUAGGGAAAGUACACGAAGGCAAGAUAUAAGCGAACUAUGCUUUUAUGCCCUAUGUUCCCUAGG